GGACCAUCUCCCCCUUGGAUCUCCGCCUAGACGCUCGGAGAGUUGGGGGGAGGGCCGAGUCUCGGGGUCCCCCAAACCCCUCUUGUCCGGGCCCAGAGACACCCACCCCACCCCCCCCGGACGGUUUCUCCGUGUUCGCCUCUCUGGAUCCGGGGCCGGAGCUGCCGGGAGUGCCCGGAAGGCAGAGAGGGCAAUGGGGUUCAGAGUGGACAAGGCCAUAUUGCUGGCCCUCCUGCUGGGGACCACUGCCAAGGCCAAGAUCUACGGCCGCUGUGAGCUGGCCCGGCAGCUGGAGAUAGGUGGAUUGGACGGUUUCCAGAGCUACAGCCUGGGGGACUGGCUGUGCCUGGCUUUCUAUGCCAGCGGCUUCGAUACGGCCGCCGUGGACCACAACCUGGACGGCAGCAAAGACUAUGGCAUCUUCCAGCUGAGCUCCUCCUGGUGGUGUGAGAACGAGGAGACUCCCACCCAGAACCUGUGCCACCUAGACUGCAAGGAUUUGCUGAAUCAGAAUCUUCUGGAUGACAUCCUUUGCGUCAAGCAAGUGGUCAGGCAGCCGGCCGGGAUGAACGCCUGGAAAGACUGGGUGGACAACUGUAAAGGCCAAGACCUGUCCUUGUGGCUGAAGGAUUGUGACCUGUGAAGGGGAUGGGUCUGUUCUGCAUUGGUGUCUGUACCUAGUGGCCCCUUUCCCAGCUGUUAACCCUCACAUCCCAUCACACUCCCAAUUUGACUCCUUCCCCUACCCCACCUCAACCAGUCUAGCCCAUGGAGGAAUGGGGAGAGGGCUGGGAAUUGGAUUUCAUGCUCCUUCAAGAUCAAGUGAAUAUAGAACCUCUGUGAUGAUUCUUCACUGGCAA